GCACAGCGUCCAGCGUUGGACCACCAAAAAGGGCUGCCCCACGCCCUACAGCGAGGCACAGCUCGACCCAAACGCGACCGCCGCGACGCCACUGGCGAGAAGAGCAGCAGUUCGGCUCGAGACUGCCGCGGACCAACCCUGUGUGACAGCCCAUAGGCAGGCAGCACCAUGCCCCGCCGCUCGUUGGAAGGCCCCAAGAAGGCGCCGGACCUGGUUCCUAGAAACUCAAGGGGAGGCGUCCUGGUCACCGACGAAGAGCUGAAGAGCGCCUUCGACUUUUUUGACGUCGAAGGGUCGGGCAAAAUAACCCAGGCCCAACUCAAGAAACGACUAGGCGUGUUUUAUAAAGAUAUGCCCAACAAGGAGUACAAAUUUUUGAUGAAUGAUCAGAGCGAACUGACGCUAGAUGACCUGCGGGAGUUACUGCUCGACAACGAAGUAAAAAACUUCGACCCCGUCGCCGAGGCCUUCAAGGUCUACGACCCGGAGGGGACGGGGUUCGUCGACACUUCCGUGCUCAAAGCGAUCUUCGAGAACCUCGGGUUCGGCGAGAUCUCCGAGGACGACCUGGCGGUGCUGACGGAGACCGGUGAUGUGGACGGCGACGGGCGCAUCUCGCUGAUGGACUUCCGGAAGAUGCUGGACUUCAACAAGGAGCCUGAUCCGGUUGCGGCGCCGGCGCCCGCGGACGAGGAGGAAAAGGAGUAA